AUGGAUCCAAAAAGUGAAAAUGCAGCAUUGUGGCCUACAUCGUCCCAAAACCCCAGCAAUGCCAUCGUCGGUAUAGGAGGAAACGGAGUAGUAAACAGUGUUUUAAAACUCUUUGGUGUGGAAGAAUGCCCUGAGGAGUGCAAAAGUCCUCUAGAUCUCACUGACAAUCGACCUUUGAGAGAAUUUUGUGGGCAUAUUCGAUGUCGUCGAUGCUUGAUCAAAACAUCAUCUUGCUUUCAAUGUGCGAAGGCUCAAGCCACACCCUCUUCAGCCAGUUCGGCCCGCAAGGCUAUCACCUCUAACUCUUCAGUAGCAACGCUUCCAGCUCAACAUAAAUUUGACUCUACCCCACCCGUUCGCAGCUGCCCCGCAAAUUUGAGAGUGUACGGUCUACGCACACUGCCUCCAGCGUCUGCAACAAUUGCGACCCGAACCACCCUUUCUCUUGAGACUGCUGCUACGGCGAAAGUAUCAAAAAGUCAGAGCUCAGGAAGCGAUUCUUCAUCACUGGACCCCAACAAGGAAAACAAUAAAAAGAAGCGAAAUCCUGUCGUGAUUCACGAUCAUAUAAGUGUGAUACCUGGUGAACCCACCAUGUUCGAAUGCAACGUGUGCAUGAAGAGAUUUAAAACCAGAGCUCACAUUAAGUACCACGAAUUUUGUCAAAAUAGUGAGAACGAGAAGCCCUUUAAGUGUGAGCAGUGUGGACAUCGUAACCCUUUUAUUGUUAUUUUUGCAGGUGAAAGGCCGUACGUCUGCCCUCAGUGUGGCAAGGGGUUUAAUCAGAGGGGAAAAGUUACUCGUCAUAUGCGCAGUCAUACUGGAGAAAAACCUUUCGUCUGCGAUCAAUGUGGACGUGGAUUCCCCAACGCCCAAGCCCUUAGAUCCCACAAUUUGAUCCACACUGGUGAAAGGCCCUUUUCAUGCAAGUAUUGCAACAAGGGAUUCACUGGAAUGACCAACUUAAAGAAACAUAUAAUUACUCACACAGGGGAGCGUCCCUAUGUGUGCACUCACUGUGGAAAGAGCUUUGGACUAAAGUGGACGCUGGACCAUCACUUGAGAACGCAUUCCAGUGAACGACCCUAUGCAUGUGAUCAAUGUACACGAGCUUUCUCCAACAGCAAGGAUCUCAGAAGACAUCUUGUCAUUCAUUCGGGCGAACGUCCGUUCAAAUGUUGGAUUUGUACAACGACAUUUCGGCGUAAGGACAAUCUUGACCGUCACAUAAAGAAUACCCACAACCAACCAAAAGAAGUGGCAAAACAGUUGGCGAACGAAGCCGCUGCAGAGUACCUUGCUAUCAACGCUAACUCGCCAGUUCCUGCUUCAAAAGUCAACUCAGCAGUAAUGUAAGUCAUCUAUGUAUGGUUUGCAAAAUACUCAAUUCUCAAGCGAAGUCAAGAGAUUUAUUUAUAUAAAUAUAUUUAUAUUUAAAAUAAUUUAUUUAUGCAGAUUAAUUUAUAUAUGCAGUAUGAAACUCGAAGAUCCAUUUUGUCGUUUAAAGAUCAUUCUCAACAAGUAAUAUCAUGAACACUUAAUUAAUACUUAUUUAAUAAUUCCAGAAAACUAUAUUCUGCCCGAUACGGAGGACUCAUUUAUGGGAUUUACCUCACGAUCAGCAAGGGAGGACAAAUUACAUCCAGAUCACCAGAGUCCUCACGGAUCGUUUAUGGAGUUUGCCUCGCAGUCCGAAUCUGAGCAAGAAUUAAACGCAGAAAUCCCUCGUACCCCUGACGGAUUGUUUUCAAAAUCGAGAAAUUUGACUCCAAGUGAUUGCGGAGUUCGACUUUUUGACAAGCCGGGCACCGUCACUCACGAUCCUCAAAUUGAGUUGACGUUUAUCGUCUCGCACGCUGGUGGUACUGAAGAUGCAGUCCUUGCAGACGAAGUCUUUGUGGAUGAGAAAGAAACUCAAACCGUGUUUGAAGAGUUAAACGGGCCGGAAGAUUUUAAUCACGACUGCAAAAUUCUUGUCGGUCGGGCUCGGUCUAUUUUUCCAGAAGGUAUGGAUGACGAUAUGGAGAGACACGAUGAAGAGUUUGGUCACUUGCACGACAAGGAAACCAAUCCAAAAGAUGGCGAUGUUGAGAGAGAAAACUGCAUUUCACCAGCACAAAUGGAAUAUAUUCCAAAAGAACGAAAUCCCCUGGAGGAGUUGGCCGCUGAAGCUACUCGACGUUUUGAAGAACAAAAGUAUCGCAGAAUGCAUGCUGCUCGUGCAAUCGCUGCUGUGGGCGAGAUGCAUCGUAAAAAUCGAGAAGAAGAGUUGAGGACCCGUGAGAUAAGGCGUCAAGAUAAUUGUCAUUUAUUUCAUUAUUUCAUUAAGAG